CUCAAACCGGAAGUUGUGUUGUUUUGUUUUCGAGCGGGUUGGGGGGGUUGAGCCCUGCCGGCUCGAGCUUGUCUCUCAGGUUAAACAGGGAUGGACACGCGUGUGUCGGAUCUGUUUGGGUCCAGCUCUCAGGGGGCAGGAGGGCUCGCCGGUAGAAAAGCCUCAAAACAUGGUAAAAAGUGUAAAAACCGUUCAGGUCGACAUCCUAAAGGCAGCAAUAAUCCACCGUAUCUACCUCCAGAGUCUGAAGAGGGAAACAUUGAAUACAAGCUAAAGCUGGUGAACCCUACACAGUAUCGUUUUGAGCAUCUGGCCACACAGAUGAAGUGGAGAUUACAGGAAGGUAAAGGAGAAGCUGUCUAUCAGAUCGGUGUAGAGGACAAUGGCCUGCUGGUGGGUCUGUCAGAGGAAGAUAUGAAAGCCUCGCUUAAAACACUCCGCAAGAUGGCUGACAAGGUGGGUGCUGACAUCACAGUCCUCAGAGAGAGGGAGGUCGAUUAUGACUCGGACGAGACGCAUAAAAUAGCUGAAGUCCUUGUAAGAAAAGUACCUGAUGAUCAGCAGUUUUUGGACCUGCGGGUAGCUGUGCUGGGUAAUGUGGACUCGGGUAAAUCCACUCUUCUCGGUGUACUUACACAAGGAGAGCUGGAUAAUGGCAGAGGCCGAGCACGCCUUAACCUCUUCAGACACCUUCACGAAAUCCAGACGGGAAGAACCUCUAGUAUCAGCAUUGAGAUUCUGGGCUUUGACAGCAAAGGAGAGGUUGUGAACUACAGCGAGUCCCGAACGGCGGAGGAGAUCUGCGAGAGCGCCUCAAAAAUGAUCACCUUCAUUGACCUGGCAGGCCACCACAAAUAUCUGAAGACCACCAUCUUCGGCUUAACCAGCUACUGUCCAGACUUUGCCAUGCUUGUCGUCAGUGCUAACACUGGUAUCGCGGGUACGACAAGAGAGCACUUGGGUCUGGCCAUGGCGUUGAAGGUGCCCAUUUUCAUUGUCAUCAGUAAAGUGGACCUGUGCACUAAGAGCACGGUUGAGCGUACAGUCCGGCAGCUAGAACGCAUCCUCAAACAGCCCGGAUGCAACAAGGUGCCCAUGCUGGUGUCUACUACAGAUGACGCCGUCACUGCCGCCCAAAAGUUCGCACAGUCGCCCAGCAUCACACCGAUCUUUACUCUGUCCUGUGUAUCGGGUGAGAGUCUGGAUUUAUUGAAGGUCUUCUUUAACAUCCUACCUCCAUUGAGCAACAGCAAGGAACAAGAAGAACUCAUGCAGCAGCUCACUGAGUUUCAGAUUGAUGAGAUCUAUACAGUUCCAGAUGUUGGGACAGUAGUCGGUGGAACUCUUUACAGUGGGAUCUGCCGGGAGGGCGAGCAGCUGGUGGUGGGACCCACCGAUGAUGGCAAGUUUCGGGAGUUGACGGUGUGCAGCAUUCAGAGGAAUCGCUCUGGAUGUCGAGUGCUCAGGGCUGGCCAGGCAGCUACAUUGGCAUUGGGGGAUUUCGAGCGUUCUCUGUUACGAAAGGGUAUGGUGAUGGUUAGUCCAGAGAUGAACCCCACUAUCUGCUGGCAGUUUGAGGCAGAAAUCAUUUUACUGUUUCAUGCUAAAACCUUCCAUAAGGGCUUCCAGGUGACCGUCCACGUGGGCAACAUUAGACAGACGGCUACAGUUGAGGCUUUACAAGGAAAAGAUGAGCUUCGGACAGGUGAGAAAGCUGUGGUACGAUUCAAGUUCAUCAAACACCCAGAGUACUUGAAGGUGGGUGCCAAGCUGCUUUUCAGAGAGGGAGUUACUAAAGGCAUCGGACUGGUCACUAAACUACAGCCGGCGUCCGAGUACCAGCACAGCUCUUGAUGCAAACAAAUGCAAAAUCCCUGCAGUCAUCCACUGAUCUAUCUUUCUCCACUAUCUUUCAAUGUUCAUUCUUGUUUUCCCUCUUCCAUUUAUUUUCACUUUGUCAAGCCUUUUUAAGUCUUGAGAUUUCAUCAGUGUGUUGGUCCUCUUAAGUCUAAACACAGUUUUAAAUCAUAACUGAUGACCUUGCACACAUAUGUCUUUUAAAUGUGAUUCUCUUAACUCCAAAUGAGCAGUUUUUAACAUCCAAACACUGUCCGAUAAAAAAGCUUGUUUGUGGGCAACAUUUUAAAGACAGUAGUCCUUAAGCAUUCAUUAUUUAGUAACCAAAGGAAAGGACAGAUGUGAAUAUAGCAAAGCUGCCAAAGACACUGAAUGUUUUGGUAGUAGUUUUUAUAGUUUAUAGCUGAUGUCAAUGAAGAAUUAUUUAUUGUCAAGGCAGCUAGUCAACAGAGUUUUAUAUCUCCACCUUACUUGCAAACUCUGCUCUACCAAAUCUCCACAUUGCCUUUUAUUGCAAGUCGGUGAUAAUGGGCAAUAAUGUUAAUAUGAACGUACUGUCUUACCACCAAGUGUUCUUUCACCGUUGCUUCUGAGACAGAAUGUAGGAUGGUUUACUCAAGUGCUUUAGUAGCUCAGGAAUGACUGAUGUAGUUCUUAUAACCAGUUAACUAGUCAACUCCAGAUUUUGGAGUAGUAGUAGUAGUAGAUUGCACAAACCUUCAGGAUACUUUCUUUUAUUCAAACAUGCAUACCUGUUAUGCCAACAAAUCGUUUAUAUUUCUAUGCUGUUGAUUUCGUUUCGGGCUUUAAGCGUUUCUUUUCUUGGCUUACUGGUUUUAGAUCGUUCGAGUGACUAUUGCAGUGACUGAAUUUUGAGUUUGUUUUAUUGCACCACAAAGUUUCCAGAUUUAUUUAAGAGUUGAUUUGGUGCUAACACUGUUAGAUUUAAACCUUUUAAUGUGUAGAUGUUGAAAGAGGUUGAGAGUUUUGUUUAGCUAGUUCUUGCUUAAAACCGUCUUAUUACCACUGCAUGGUUGUUUAUCUCAAAGUCUCAUUAUUGAAUAGCAUAUCAAGACACUUUGUGCCUGUGUGAGUGUGUAAUAUUCACUUUUCUGAAGUUUCUGAAAUAUCACUGUUUUGUCUUUCCUGUGCAAUUUUAAAGAAAAGAAAAAACGAUGUAUUUGACAUUGAAUAUAUAAUAGACAACUGAUUCUGUUUUAAUUCAAUUCCAAUUAUUUUUUUCUUAUGCAUUUUUCAAUGCCUGUUACUUUUCUGGUUGCUAGAUGUUUCUUCAAAAAUAUUUUUUUAAUAUUUUAGCCUUUUCUGGUAAAUUUAUGCAAGUUUGUUUGUAUAUUAUGGUGUACAAAAUUAAAAUCUUU